AGACUAUCUACUCAUUCUUUUUCUUGUGAAUUGAGAAAUCACGACAGCUUAGUUGAGCAAUUGAACAAUCUCUGGUACGACAAUGCCUCAUGACUUCCUCAAACCACACUGGUCUCGGUUCAUUGGACCGCGUGCCCCGGAUCCAGUGAAGUCAGUCUACAAACCACAUUCUGAGCACCUUUUCUCGUCACCAUAUGGACCUUUUCCAGAGUCUCCGCCGGACCUCAACAUCCAUGAGUUCUGCUUUCCCCCAGAGAACCCAUUGCCCGAGGAUUAUCCUCUCUUCGUGAAUGCGCUCACCGAUGAGACUGUUACUCUGCAUCAAUUCUAUGCGCGUGCGUGUGCAUUAGCACGCGUCUUUCGACAUGACGGGCCCAACCCUCUGGGAUUGGGUAAAAGCCCUGUCAACGACAAGGAGGACGGUGAGAUCCUGGGCCUGUUCUCGAAAAACCACAUCCACUACCCUAUGGUUGCUCACGCGUGCUUCCGAGCGGAACUCGUCUUUGGUGGUAUUAGUCCUGCAUCGACACCAUUUGAGCUGUGGUGGGUGCUGCGCAAGAUGCAAAUAACCAGUCUUAUGUGCCAUGAAUCUUUGCUUCCCGUGGUGGUUGAAGCGUUGAAAUUGGGAAGUGGCGAGAACGAUAAAUCUACCCCACUGAGACUCCUCUUGGAUCCGAAAAAGAUUAUAGUACUCAGCGACAACCCCGAGCAUGAUAGAAUAUCGGGCCAUCCUACUCUUGAAUCACUUGUACGAUACGGAACUACUCUCUCUGAAGUUCCGCGCAAGCUCCUAGGUGGCGAUAGGAUGGCGUACCUCUUCCAAUCGUCAGGCACCUCGGGGCUGCCAAAGGCAAUGAUGAUAUCCCACAAGAACGGCAUCCACUCCGGCUUGCAGUCCAUGAUCACCGCGGUGCAAGGUUCUCGUUUGAUGGGUAUCGAGCCUUUGAGUAUACCUUCGCGUCUCCUCGGAGUGAUACCCAUGUACCAUUCCUACGGCAUGAUUCUGUGGAUUCUCCGCAUCAAUCUUCUUCAAUCUAGCAGCUACCUGCUUCCAAAGUGGGACGUCGAACUUGCAUUGAAGAGCAUAGAGAAGUACCAGCUCACAGUUCUGCCCCUAGUACCACCUUUGGUAAGACAAAUCGCACAAAGCCCUCUCACCGAGAAGUACGACCUCUCUUCUGUCACCGGAGCGAUGAGCGGCGCCGCGUAUUUACCGCCAGACGUUGCUCAUUCGCUAGCAAAGAAGCUGCCCAGCAGCUCAGGAUUACCCAUCCCGAGUGGCUACGGUCUGAGUGAAGCAGCGAGCAUUGCAAGCCCCGCUCCGCCAGGUCUGUUCGGUCUUGAAUAUGCCCCUCCUGGAACCAUUGGGUACCUACUUCCUGGCAUGGAGGGACGUGUAGUAGACCCUGACACACUGCAAGAGGUACCAAAGGGUCAAAAGGGGGAAUUGUGGGCGCGCGGAAACGUCGUGACUCCCGGUUACUUCAAAGACCCCAAGGCUACAGCCGAAAUAUUCACUGAGCCAGGUUGGCUGAGAACUGGCGAUUUAGUCCUGCGAGACGAACACGAUCGACUUCACUACCUAGAUAGAUUGAAGGAAAUGAUCAAAGUGAAGGGCUUACAGGUAGCUGCGACAGAAGUCGAGGACACGCUUCUCGACCAUCCUGAAGCGCUCGUCAGAGACGCAUGUGUAGCCGGCGUGGAUAACGGCCGCGGUGAUGGAUCUCUGUUCGUCCGAGCAUGGGUAGUAUUAUCUCAAGAUGGAAUCAAGCAGGGCGAGGAAGUCGUGGCACAGAAAUUGGAUGAGUUCGUCAAGCAGAGACUGAGCCGACAUAAGUGGAUCACAGGUGGAAUUGAGGCAGUCGAUUCUCUACCCAGAACGCCUUCAGGUAAAAUGCUCCGGCGUGAGAUGAGGGACCGAUACCAUGCGCGUAUCAAGGCUGAAGGCAAGAGCAAGCUGUAGACACUCUCUUCCCGGUUCCCAGAGCAAGAAAAUAGUGCGCGAGAAAUGGCAAUACGACAUUCGCAUGACCGCUUGGCCGCGUA